AUGAGGUUACCGAAUUAUGUUAGGUUUCGUUUGACUGGUCCCUCCAAGGAGCUGGCCCGUUCCUCGAGGGUGAACGCCUACUUUAAAAGGAUCAAGGAUAAAGUGAUGCCAAUAUUGAUCUGGUUAGCAUCGUUUAGAGUUGUAGCGUGGUUACAUGAAAGUCUGCAGAACAUUUUGAUUGGCGUCAUUAGGGUUGGGCCCGUUCCUCGACACGUUUCAUUCAUCAUGGAUGGUAACAGACGUUACGCCAAGAAAUGUGAUAUGCCGAUCAAGAAGGGUCAUGAAGCUGGAGGGGUGGCUUUACUGAAUCUGUGUUACGCUUGUAAAAGGAUCGGGAUCAAGUGUGUUUCUGCAUAUGCGUUUUCGAUAGAAAACUUCAACCGUCCCAAGGAGGAAGUUGAGACGUUGACCAAUAUGUUUUCAGCCAAGCUAGAUGAGUUCUGUGACAGAGCCAACACAUUGAGUGAUCCGCUGUACGGGUCUCGUCUUCGAAUCGUAGGCGACCAUUCGCUUGUUUCUGCGGAUAUGAGGGAAAAGAUAAAAAGAGUGGAACGGCUGACAGACAACGGUGACGACUUCACCUUAUACAUCUGCUUUCCUUACACUUCCCGGAAUGAUAUUUACCAUACGGUGUGUGGUUCCAUCGAAAAAUCCUUGGCCGAUCGCGCGUACGCUAGCUCGCUCACGGUCGCGGGUUUUACCAGGAGCAUGUACUUGGAGGAGUUUUCAAACAACUGCGAUUUGCUCAUUAGGACCAGUGGCCACAUGAGAUUGUCGGAUUAUAUGUUAUGGCAAUCACAUGAGAAUUCCGAGAUUCUGUUUACGUCGACUUUAUGGCCCGAUUUUGGAUUUAUCAGAUUGUAUUUGGCGCUAUUGAGGUGGUCAUUUUUCACAAAUAUCCAGCGUUACAACGAGAUGGGGUUCUCUCUUAGACGAAAACUCUACCAUUCCUUGCCCUUUGUGAGCGGUCAUGCUCCCGUUUCAGUGGAUUCAUUGCCCAGCCCUCCGAUAGCUAUUUCCGUCACUGGAGAAAGUGAAUAA